AUGUCGGAGCCUACGACAAAGGACGAAGUUGCGGUCGUGUUUUCAGACUGGAGCCCGACAGUGAGGUCGAUCAUCGACCUUUUGACGUCGGAAUUGGACAAAUGGGCCGUGUUCGAUGCGAUGGACCAUCGGGCCCCUUCCUAUUCCCGUGAGAGAAUCUGUAUCACGGGUGAUGCUGCCCACGCUUCUUCUCCGCACCAUGGUGCAGGUGCAGGGAUCGGGAUUGAAGAUGCCCUCGCUCUAUGUGAACUCUUGGACCGGAUUCAGAAGGACCGCAUAGCUCACGGCCGGAGCGAUCGAUGGGCUCUGCUAGAGACAGCCUUCUCCGUCUUCAGUGAUGUGCGUGCGAUAUGA